GAUUGCAUCUGUUGUACUCUACAGGGAGGGUGAAACUUGACUGUUUGUUCAAUUGUUCUGUUAUUCCAGGAAGAUGUUGAUCUUAUGGCAAAGUUGAACUUUGAUGCAUAUCGGUUCUCAAUUUCAUGGUCCAGAAUUUUCCCAGAUGGGACUGGAAAGGUAAAUUGGAAGGGAGUAGCAUACUACAACAGGUUGAUCAACUACCUGCUAGAAAGAGGCAUUACUCCUUAUGCAAAUCUGUAUCACUAUGACCUUCCUGAGGCGCUUGAGAAGAGAUACAAUGGACUGUUGAGUGACAAAGUAGUGAAAGACUUUGCAGAUUAUGCUGAGUUCUGUUUCAAGAUGUUUGGAGACAGAGUAAAGAACUGGAUGACUUUCAAUGAACCUAGAGUAGUUGCUGCUCUUGGCUAUGAUAAUGGUUUCUUUGCACCUGGAAGAUGCUCAAAGGCAUUUGGAAAUUGUACUGUUGGAAAUUCUGCGACUGAACCAUAUAUUGCUGCCCAUCAUUUGAUUUUGGCACAUGCAGCUGCAGUUCAGAGAUACCGUGAAAAGUAUCAAGAAAAACAAAAGGGAAGGAUAGGAAUUCUCUUGGAUUUUGUAUGGUAUGAGCCUCUCACCAGAUCAAAGGCUGACAACUAUGCAGCUCAACGAGCAAGAGACUUUCAUGUUGGAUGGUUUAUCCAUCCUAUUGUAUAUGGAGAGUACCCCAAGACAAUGCAAGUAAUUGUUGGUGAUAGGCUACCCAAGUUCACAGAAGAAGAGGUGAAAAUGGUUAAGGGCUCAAUCGAUUUUGUGGGAAUCAAUCAUUACACCACAUACUACAUAUAUGAUCCACAUCUGUCAAAACCAAAACAGUUAGGCUACCAGCAAGAUUGGAAUGCCGGAUUUGCUUAUGCAAAAAGAGGAGUCCCUAUUGGUCCAAGAGCAAAUUCUUAUUGGCUCUAUAAUGUACCUUGGGGCAUGUACAAGGCUCUGAUGUACAUAAAAGAGAACUAUGGAAACCCCACUGUGAUUCUGUCUGAAAAUGGCAUGGAUGACCCAGGAAAUGUUACACUUCCUAAGGGAUUACAGGACACCACAAGGAUCAACUUUUACAAAGGUUACUUGACUCAGCUAAAGAAAGCAGUCAAUGAUGGGGCAAAUGUAGUUGGUUACUUUGCUUGGUCGUUGCUUGACAAUUUUGAAUGGAGAUUAGGUUACACUUCAAGGUUUGGCAUUGUUUAUGUUGACUUUACAAACCUGAAGAGGCACCCUAAGAUGUCGGCCUAUUGGUUCCAUCAACUUCUCAAGAGAAAUAAGCAUUAAGCAGCCAGGCGGUCUUGUUUCACAAUUGGAAAGUGCUUAUGCAAGAAGCAAUGAAAUCAAUGAUCAGGUUAUCUCCUGUUUCAAUCCCUAGAUGGUAAUAGCACUUUCUAACUGUAAUUGUGGCGAGCCGACCUAAGAAAUAAGGCAGACUGAUGCUAAAUGCCCUGUCAUGUACCUUUAUCUAAUAUUAUCAAACAAAAUUAUUAGACUUGGUGCUUUACUAUUCUGAAUUUCUGAUUCAAGGAGCUAUAAAUUUGGAAUAAUUCA